ACUGGUUACUUAUUAAUUUAUCAUUUUAUGUUUGAUUUUGAAACAUUAGCCGUGAACUGAUACGUUUCUCUGCGUUCCUCUUAAGAAAAUCCCGCGAUUUAAAAUGGAUAUCGCAGCAAGCGUACGUGAGAACGAAGGAGCUCUUGUUGUGAAGGCCAGUGCAACUGAACGAAAAGUCUUCUCUGGCGCAGCGAAGAACACUCGGGCGCUGAUCAACAAAAUUCCGGAGGAACUGCUGACUAAUCCGGAUCUGUUGACUGAAAUUGGCAGAUUGCCUACCAACUAUAAUUUCGAAAUACCCAAGACCAUCUGGCGUAUCCAACAAACGGAGUCCAAGCGCGUGGCGCUGCAGUUUCCCGAAGGGCUUCUUUUGUUUGCGUGCACAAUCUCUGACAUUAUCGAAAGAUUUACAGGAGCGGAAACAGUGAUAAUGGGCGACGUGACAUACGGAGCGUGUUGCGUGGAUGAUUUUAGUGCGCGCGCCCUGGGGUGUGACUUCAUGGUCCACUACGGCCACAGCUGCCUUGUGCCUAUUGACGUGACGCAUGAUAUCAAAAUGCUGUAUGUUUUUGUGGAUAUUGUCUUCGAUCUUGACCAUUUACUCCAGACCAUCGAAAAGAAUUUCCCUGUCACCACACAUCUGGGAUUUGUCAGUACCAUCCAGUUUGUCUCCUCCCUGCAUGGUGCAGCGGAAAAGCUCAGAGCAAAAGGUUACCGGAUCACUAUCCCCCAGUCCCUCCCGCUCUCUGCUGGAGAGAUCCUGGGAUGCACCGCUCCGCGGAUGAAGGAUGUGGAUGCGUUUUUGUACAUCGGCGAUGGCCGUUUCCACUUGGAAGCCGCGAUGAUCGCCAAUCCUAACACUCCUGCCUAUCGAUACGAUCCCUACACCAAAGUCAUCUCCCGGGAAUCGUACGAUCAGCCGAGAAUGUUAACCAAUCGAGGAAGCUGUGUCGAUAUCGCGGCUAAAGCCAAAACUUUCGGAAUCGUUUGGGGAACGCUGGGGCGCCAGGGUUCACCAAAAGUGUUAGGAACCAUUGAAAAUCGCUUGCAGAGCGCCGGGAAGCGGUAUAUAAUUGUUCUGCUCUCCGAAGUGUUUCCUGGAAAGUUAAAGUUGUUCCACAAUAUUGAUGCGUGGGUGCAAAUUGCCUGUCCGCGUCUGUCGAUCGAUUGGGGAAUGGCUUUUGAUAAACCGCUGUUGACUCCGUACGAGCUGACCAUCGCCCUGCAGGGCAUCCAUCUGCCGGCGGAAUAUCCCAUGGAUUUCUACGCUAGGAACAGUUUAGGCCCCUGGACACCUAAUUAUGCGCCACCAAAAGAACCACGAACUAAGAUUAUACCCGCUAUGUGAAAGUGGACGUGUGUGUUCUUCGUGAGUUUGUUAAGCUGUGAUGCACGAUGGCAGAGCGAUUUGCCGACUUUUAUGGGCACUGGGCAGAUGGGUACCGGUUAUUGUAGAUGUUCUUAUCAAUAAUCAGUUUCAACGUGUUUAUCGGAAGGUUGGGAGUCGUACUUUAUUUAAUUCAGCUAAUUGUAGCGAAAGCGAAUUAACGGUCGAUCUUCACAGGAAUUUCGUUAUUGUAUCUGUAUAGACGCAAUACAGGCAGAUGUGUUUGGAUACGAGUGCUGUUUAUACAUAGAAACGAUAUUUGGAGUCAUAUUCUGUAACGGAUAAGAAUUGGAAAUCGUAAAAGAACCG